AUGGAAACAUUUCCAUUGUUUACAAAGCUCCCCGUAGACCUGCGCCGCUACAUCUGGUGCAUGACCGCGCGCCCAGCCACCAUCCGCCUCUCGCGCGAACCCCUCCCCGACGACGCCUAUCCCAACCUCGGCACCUUUUUAACAAUCGAGGAACGCGAGGCCACAAACUACGCCCUGCGCAUCCGCGAGGACCAAAGCCCCUUACAGUAUCGCGUUCUCGCCGUGCCAUCGCUGCUCGCCUGCCGCGAGGCAUACGAGUUCCUGCACUUCUUCUUCCCGCCACUACAGCGUCUCGAAACGCUGCCCAGCUGGUUCCAAUUCAACAUCGACACAAUCCGGUGCCGAUCGUACUGUCUACCGCAGCUCUCUAAGUCCGCCUGGUGCAGCUCGAUAGAGACGCUGGUGGUGGACAAUGUUCACGAAUGCGCCGAGAUCUUCCAGGAUCCAAGGGACGGCACGCCAAUCAAGUACAACUACAUUGCGCAGAACUUUAUGUCGCUCAAGCAUCUAACGCUCGAGCUUGACCAUAAGUAUGUGGAGGAGAAGGCCAAUGAUGACCACUGGCUGACGGAUAGCUGGAUGUGGUACAUGGAGGACCUGUACAAUAGCGACACGGGACGGCCGCCGGUGCCGUUCUACGUGCAUGUGGUUAGUCCGAGCUAUCCGUCGGAGGAGUGGCUGACGCCGACAAAUUAUCUGCGAGUCGGGCAUGAGUGGCAGAAGAAGCGGAAUGUGUAUCGCAAUGAGACGCGCGAAGAGUGGGAGAGCGAGAUUGUGCUGGAUCCAACGGUCCAGCAUCAUGCUAUGGCAGAGUCUGACGAUGACUUGGAUGACCCGGCGGCUUGGUUUGCAAAGAGAAGGCCGUUUCGGUAUUAA